AUGAGACUUGAUCCGAAGUAUGAGCGUCUCAACUCACGCCCAAUAUGUUGGAACAUCGCCGAACUCCGGCUCAUCGGCUGCAAGACAGAUUCCAGCUGCGCAGUUGAUUACCAGACCUUCUCUCUCCUCGCCAAGUCUCGCUUUCCUCACCUGAUCCGGCUCGAACUUAUUGGAUACGCGGUCACCAGCGAACAGCUCAUACCGUUUCUCCGCAGUGUCAAUUCUACGACGCGGGAUGUCUUCUUGACUGGCUUUCAUCUCACAUCUGGUAGCUGGAAACCGGUUCUCCGAGAAAUUCGCGCUUUCGAGCGACUGCGUGAGACCAAAUUCAAGACUCUGUCGGAGAUGGAACAACAGAACAACGCAACCUCCCUCCUGACGCCUAUGGCGCAGGACACCUACUGGGGCUCCUUUGAGGAGAUCUCCAAGUACAAUGUGCAGCUCAACUACCUCGAGAAGAUGUGGAUGGCCUGGUACGCAUGGAUGGGCAACGAUGUCCUAGCGACAGGAAUCAUGUCCUUCGUCUUCCACGAGCUCUUUUAUUUUGGACGCGCGCUUCCCUGGAUCAUCAUCGACUGCAUACCCUUCUUCAACCGAUACAAGCUCCAACACCAAAAAAUCCCCACUACCUGGGAACAAACACAAUGCGCCGCCCUCGUCCUCCUGUCCCACUUCACCGUCGAGCUUCCCCAGAUCUGGAUGUUCCACCCCAUGUGCCAAUACUUUGGCCUCCAGACCUCCGUCCCCUUCCCCAGCAUCUACAAGAUGGCGUACCAGAUUGCCAUCUUCUUCGUCUUCGAGGACGCAUGGCACUACUGGAUGCACCGCGCCAUGCACGCCAGCUCCUUCCUCUACAAGAACAUUCACAAGAUCCACCACCAAUACUCUGCCCCCUUCGGUCUGGCCGCCGAGUACGCCUCACCCAUUGAAGUCAUGAUCCUCGGCUUCGGUACUGUCGGAGUCCCAAUCGUCUUCUGCGCCAUCACCAAGGACCUCCACAUCUUGACCAUGUACGCGUGGAUCUGCCUACGCGUGUUCCAGGCCAUCGAUGCGCACAGCGGCUACGAGUUCCCAUGGAGUCUGCACCACUUCCUGCCCUUCUGGGCCGGCGCCGAGCACCACGAUGUUCACCACGAGAAGUUCAUUGGUAACUACGCCAGCAGCUUCAGGUGGUGGGACCUGCUUUUCGACACUGAGGCUGGUGCUGAGGCUUCCAAGAAGCGCCGUGAGCGCAAGAUGGCCGCUGCCAAGCUCAAGAAAGCCAACUGA